CGACGCCGCCGCCUGCGCCUUGCGGCGCGGCGGGCGGCGGAGCGCGGCGGGGCGGCCAACGCGGCCGACGCUGGGCGUGGUGGCGCUGCUGACGGUGCCGCCGCCGCUGCUGGCCUCGAGCUCGUGCAGCUCCCCAUGGUCGUCGACGUCGUCAACGACGAGUGGGCUGACGAGCUGCCGCCGCGCCGUGCGCGGAGGCAGCUGCGGCGCACCGACACGGUGGCGGCGGAGGACCCGCGUCCUCCUGCCGCCGCCGUGGCCGCUGCGGCGGCGGGCUGCGGCAGCGCGGCGGGCAUGCAGGCGUUCCUCGAGAAGGCCUUCGCCGCGGGCGUGUCCCCCGCCGACGCCGCGGCCCUGGUUGCUGGGGGCCUCCUUCCGCGUGAUGGUCCACGCGGCGGUGGUCCGGGGCCCGGGGCGGCCGGCCGCGGGAGGAGCAGCGGGGGGGGGCGGUAGGGGCCUCGCCGCUACGCGUGCAGGGCCCUCGCCCCUUCCCCCUCCCGCGGGCAUCGUGGUGCUCGUCGGCAUGGUCGUGCUCGUCAUCACGGUCGGGGGUCCUGCCCCGUCAGGACCCCCGUGCGCCCGCGCGCGUGGGCGCGCGCGCGGGCUUCGGGGGAGGCGGCACCGUCUCCUCUAUGGCUCGUCGAUCCUAUUCCGCCUCCAACUUUCCUCCACACGGAAUUCCUGCGGAAGUGGCACAGGAGUUGAAUGAGGAGCUCCCUCCACAGGAGGGCGCCGCCCGGCUCCGCGCCCGAGCGCGCGUCGCGGAGGGCAUGCGGCUGCAGGCGCUCGGUGGGUCUUGCGGCGUGUCGCAGGAGGGCGUCGACUACGACGCGUCCGGCGCGGUGCCCGAUUACUUCGACCACGUCCCGAAGGCGGACAUGUGCUGCUCGAUGUGCCAGGGCAGUCCCGACUGCCUCGCGUGGGUGUGGAAGGACGCGGGCCUGGACGGCGAGCCCCACCGGUGCUUCGUCAUGAAGACUGCGCCGCUCACCUCCGCCGCGGUCCCUGGCGUGGUCUCCGGCAUGGCGCCGGAGCGCCCUCCGUUCCCAGAAGGGUUCGUUCCAGAGGAGGAGGCAGGUGAGGAGGACGAAGAUGCCGAGGACGCAGGGCAGGAGGACGACAUGGCUGGCGGGUUCGACCAGAAUUCCCUGUUCUGCUUCUCGCUCAUCGCUCCAGGUGGCGGCGAGGCGGAGCUGAUUCGUGCUCAGCAUCAGCUCCGCACCAACAUCUUCGGCUGCGACGCGUUCCGAGUCUUCAGCAACGUUCAGGAAGAGGUCGCGCCAGGCGUGGUGUCCGUGCCGGUGGCGAGCGACCUCAAGUGUGAAUUCCACGAGAUCGCUUGGAACACGUGGAUCUUUAUCGCCGUUUGGAAGGCCGUGUUUGACGACAGGACGUGGGAAAAUCACGGAUGGAUUGUGAAAACAGAUGCAGACUCGGUGUUCAUGCCCGACCGGCUCCGCGUCGUCCUCCAGGACCACCCUUCCGCAACGUGGCUGAACAAUUGCCACUACGGCUUACACGGGCCACUGGAGGUCCUGUCGAACAGCGCCGUGCAGAGGUUGUCACAGGACUACGCCGGCGGGGACCGGCCCGUCCAGUGCCUUGCCAGAUACCCGGAGGCGGUGUCCGGCACGGCGCAGUGGGGCGAGGACAUGUUCGUGCAGGCCUGCCUCGACAAGGUGUAUGGGCUGCAGCCUGAGUACGACGAGCGGUUGAUGUGCGAGGACCACUGCGAUUGUCCAGAUUGGUAUUGGUGCAACAAUCGGUCCGAUCGUGUCAGCUACCACCCGUUCAAGAAGGCGGAUUUGUAUACCCAAUGCUUGGCCAAUGCGCUAUCCUAUAGCAGGUGAGCGCCGCUUUACAGGAGGCGGGCUACAGGCCAUAGGUAUUUCCCCCUCUGUUUGAUAUUGGAUGGAUUAUGGCACAUGAACCAGACUUCUGACACGUGAACGAGACCAGCAACGGCUUUCGAACGUAUACCUCCAAGUUCCCGAGUUGUCCCGAGUCAUCUACAGGGGGGUCGCACAACAUGCGCCCUGUAGAGCAUCCGGACUUCCAACGUCUCGAUGUCCCUGGCCAUGGAUUUCGCAACCCCUUCCCCCAGACCGGUUUGCCAGUAUGUUUAUGUACAUUUUGAAUGUUUGUCCUCGUUUGGACGACGGCAGGGCUUCUCAUAUUUCGUUAACAGCCUAAAAACGAAAAGGUGUGUUGUACGGUGCCAGAACUUUUUGCUUCGCGCGUGCGCGCAGUGGUUGCAGUUCCAUGUAGGAAUGGGUCGGCAAUUCGGGGACGAACCCCGUGAGGCCACCAAUGUUAGUCCUCCUUUGCUCGUGCUGUCCUUCGUUCCGCUACCCCAGAGCGCGGUUCCUUGGCGUUUUUGGAAUGCAGAAAUCCUGCUUGCAGGUAGCGACGGGGCAGUCAAUGUUCUGAUAUUAUACACCCCCCGCCGCUGGCUGUACAAUCCGCCUGCCGCGCUGUAGACGCCCUGCUCUAACUCGAGCUGAGUGGUCCGCCGUCCCCAAUGGAUACCACGUGGAUGUAGCCCAGGGGUGGCGCAUUGCCGACGCUGUUGAGGCCACGAAGCGUUGAGGAAAAAGCCCUCGGAGUAUGAUCUUCCGAUUUUGCAGCAUGCCCUUGCCUACCAACAGUGUCAGGUUGUUUACCUCUUUGCUUCCUGCUCGCCUCUCCACCACUUCCGCCUCUGCCCGCGCAUGCAGACCACAGUUCAGUCGAGUUUUCUAGGUUCCAGGUGAGGGUUUCGAUAUGUUUCGAAAUCUUUGCGGGUCGAGAUCCUUGGAAAUGUGAACACCUACCAGGCAUCCCAAGGACUAUCUCCAGUCGAGAGCCAAGUCUAGUGCUAAUCAGUAGCCUAUUGCGGUUCCUACCCUUGCGUUUCAUUGUAUUUUCCGCGCCCUCAGGCACGGGGCUGGCUACGACACCUGAAGGAGAGCUCCAGCGCCCGCGCUUGGCGAGGUGACGCCGCCGCCGAGGGUUUGGCUGGGCCCCC